ACUACGUAUGUGUAUCCCCCCUACUAGCUAGCUUUAAAAUCCCACAACCACACACUUGAUUCUGCAGCUCUAAAACAAAAACACCCCAUCUCAUCAUUUCUCUGAUUCUACUGACUACUCCCUUAAUGUGAUCCAGGUCCUUUUCUAUAAAUCUUUCCCUAUCUCCCCUUUUCUGUGUUUAUUGUAUCUCAGUUCUCUAUAUCUUUUGAUUUUCUCUAUCUACUAAUACAACAACAACAACUAACAAGGACCCGGGGUUGUGAGUCUUUCUGACUACUGCUGACCAGUCUUUUGUCAUUACCUAUUCACAACACUAGCUAUACCACCUAACCAUCUCAUCACUGUCCUCAUCAUCUCAUCAUCACUUGCAAAAUCUCUGUCAUACAUUAAUCUAGCUUUCUUUCUUUUAAUGAUCCUCAGUGAUUAAAUUAUUGCCUCUUCUCCCCUUCUCAAAGUAAAUUUUCAUAAGGUAUUUCCAGUGCUUCUCUAGCUAGUUUUCAAGCUAUACAUUUCAUUUACAAACCAACCCUACAAGGUACUCAUCUGCUCACACUUGCUCAUCAUCAUCAUUUUCUCUUAUCAUCAGUUGGGGUUGUUUGCUGUUUUCAGAUUUGCUACAAUUUUAGCCAAAUAUAGAAAAAAGUAGAAACAAUUGUAGGUAAAAAGAAACCGGCCAACAAAGAUUGAUUGAUCAUGCAAAGGUGUAGUAGCAAUACCAGUUCUUACCAGUACUGCAGUCAUCAUCCAGUCGGUACAUGUUCUUGCCAUUUAUAUCAACCUCAUCAUCAUCAUCACCAGAGUACUUCAUCAUCACAUCAACCAUCAUCAGGAAAGAAUCCUUUCACUAUGUUAUUCUCUUCAUCAUCUAAUACCAAAAGUUGUAGCACUCAAUAUUCAAACCCUAACAAUCAAAACAGUAAGUCCUUCGAUGAACUGGAUUAUCAUUCAUAUCCGAUCAUCACUUCGUCAUCACCUUCUUCUGCAGUGGACUGUACACUCUCAUUAGGAACUCCUUCCACUCGUAAAACUAAUAACUCAGUUAUGAUCGACAAUCAUCGAAAAUCUACUUCUUGUUUAACAUCAUCAUCAAAAUAUUGUAAGUCAUGGGAUGUUUUUCAGCCCAACAGUAAGAAUCAUCAUCAAGAACAGCAAAGACAUACUUCAUCGACUGCACAUAAUAUCAAGAAUAUCAUCAGCCGAGGAUAUAACAGUGUCAACAGAGAUCAGACAAUUGGCCGAAGAUGUGCAAACUGUGACACGACAUCUACACCUUUAUGGAGAAAUGGACCUCGAGGUCCUAAGUCACUAUGUAACGCGUGUGGGAUUCGGUAUAAAAAGGAAGAACGACGCGCCACUGCAAGCACAACCACCACCAGCAAUGUGAAUGUUAACGGUGCAGUUGGAGAGGUGAUGAGUCAUCCUAAUCAACAGUCAUGGGCGCCACAUCACUCGCAGACUCAACCAAGAUUAAGUACUUCAGCAUAUCCUACUUCAUCAACGACUUCUCAUUAUCACGAAUUCAGGUUCAUCGGAGAUGAUGAUCGUUAUCACCAUCACUCCAACACUAAUACUAGUAGUACUGGUAGUGGUGGGAUUCCUAAUUUCCUUUCAUGGCGACAACCCACCCUUGUCCAUCACUACACAUAGGCGAUGGAUCAAACCCUUCAGAUUACUGUCAUAAAGUAUCGUCGACGAUGAUAAUUCUGUCAGAGAAGUUCUUAAUUUUCCAUUUUUCCCCUAGCCCAAUCAUGUGAUUUCCACGAAGAACAGUAGAUAUGUUGUUUAAAUUUCUUUCUUAACUUCCAGUAGUUAGUUUUAUUGCUGUGUUGUUGUUUUUUUUGUAUUUGGCGUUGAAUUUUGUUUAACUUUUGGAACACAGUAUGUUCUAGCAAUUUAGAAGCUAAUUAAGAUGGAUCUUCUUCCCCAAAA